AUGGCUCCCAAUAUUGCCAAACCUCCGGGCACACCCAGCCGCCGGAUCACAGCGAUGGAUGAGAAGACCCUGCAGACUAGGAUCGACCUUCUAUGCGGCGAGUGGGACUUACGCUUAGACAUCGACGACGAGUCUUUAAGCCCAACUUCUCUCAGCCGGAAAUGUAUCGCGACAAUCAAGUUCUGCUUUUACAAGAGCCUAUUCGACAGGGCGUAUCAAGAGUUCACCCAAAAAGCCGAUGUGAUCUACAGAGGCUGGGUACACAAACCACGAGGUGAACGAGGGACCAUUCCUGAUGCAACCCGUCGACAGAGGAGGCCCGUUAAUGCGGAAGAACGAGAGCAACUGCUACAAUGCCUGUUCGAGAUCUUCCUCUCUUACCAAAAAGACUGGCACAGACUCAAUGGUGGUAGCCCACCUUCCAUCAAGUCGAAGGUGGAGCAGUACAGAAAGGAACUAGAGCAGGUAGAGAAGGUCCCAAUUUCGAGUAUCCUUAGCCCUGGUCCAAGGUUAAACAGCGAGAAACGACGCCGGGAAGAAUCCUUCACUGAUGCUCCCACUACCAAAAGAAAUUCGAGGGAGAUAAUACGGGAAUCGAACCUCCCACCGCACCAAUCGAUGCCAUCUACAAUGGCACCCCCGGGUAGAAGAUCAGAGUCUCGAAAUCUCAUGAGCGCCAAUACCAGUUUUGCCUCAACAGUUGGAACCUCCGUCUUCUCACAGAAAGAGCAAGACUCGUCAAGUCAAAGUUCUCAAACUACGAUCCCUGACGCAAGCCAGCCGACCAAGGACGCGUUCACUACCUUGCAGGAUGACAAAAACGCUCCUGAUAGCUCUGACUAUCAAUCGAGUAGCUUUGAAUCGCGUUUGAUGGGUCUAACAGAAGACGAGAUCAUCGUCGCCGCUGCUAAUCCGGCAGGCCCAGCAGAACAGGAGCUUUCGCAGAAUUUAUCAGAGUUUGACUUUGGCCAAAGUAGGUUCAUGCCAGACAGUGAGUUGAGCGAGGCUCAGCUUGAAGCCGAAGAGUGUUUCAAAGAGAAACUCCAUGGUGUUUUUCCUGCCUUGCCCCGUUGCCUAAGUCGCGCCUUGCCUUGUGUUGUAUAUGAAGUGGCCCGGGUCUUUCUUCACGCUGAUGUCCCGAUAUCCAAAUACAACGGCAAAGUUGAUGCAAGUCUUAAAGACUAUGAGACGCUCUGGGCACAUCUUCGCGGCCUCGAAGUCUUACGAGACAAGCCCUUUCCGGAACGGUCAAGUAAAGAAGCGUGGGCAAGUGCCUUAGAGAAAUACGAGAGUGGAUUUCGUGCAGUAGUAUUGGCUGCAUCGCUUCAUUUCAGUCCGGACGAGGACGAAACAUUCUUCAAGUUGAAGUUGUCUCCUUUAAAAUUGGAAAAAUCCUAUAGACUUGGCCGUCGAUUUGGACAUGAUCGAUUCUUGGAAAUUUGUAUUCCACAGCUCUCUGGACGAAACAUACCAAGCGCUUUGGCAGCCAUGGGGGAACGGGGGCCAUCGAUCAUCAUUGAAUGGUUGGUCGAUUCCACUCAUCGCUUUAUAGGAAGAAGCUGGAAGCCGUUCAUGGUAAAGGACAAGGAGCGUCCGAAAAAACAAAUUUUGAUGGUGAAGGAUGUAGAGAGUGUAGAUGCCGCGUUUCGAGUAUUCUUCUUCGCUGUAGAUGGUUGUAAAGACCGCCCAAAGAUAUCUAUCCCGAAAUUGCUUGAGUGUGUCCGUCCUAGUCAAGGGAACGAGCAUGAGUCGUAUCUAAAACUGUUUAAUAGGACAACGCUGGCGCUCUCUCGAACUGAAUCAACUGUGGUGCUCAUGCCGGACCAAAUUAAGAUCAUGGCUCAAAAUAUCACUUUUGGCGAUCCUAAGAACGUGAUGAACGACGGUGCCGGAAGGAUGUCACCAAGUUUAGCAUUGAAGAUCACGCAGACCCUCGGCCUCUCAUAUCUCCCAGCUGCCUUUCAGGGGCGCAUUGGUGAGGCUAAGGGUCUGUGGAUUACCGAUCUCCAUUAUACGGGCCAAGAUGACUGGAUUGAAACGUAUCCGUCGCAGCGUAAAUGGGUUCGAAAGAAAACAGGCGACCAAGAGUCAGAUGAUGAAAGUCACCGCACUUUCGAAGUCUCGAAGUGCUCAGGCCCGCUCAAGUCUGCCGAUCUUAAUCUCCAAUUCCUGCCAAUAUUGAUGGACCGGGCGAAGGACAAACUUCUUAUGAAGAGAGUCCUCUCUGAUAUACUCAAGCACGGUCUGCAGCUGAGGGUUCAGGAAAUACAGGAGGCAAGGGACCAUCCACAAUUAUUCCGGCAAUGGGUCCGCGACAGCAACCCGAACAUGAAGGAGCGCGAGAGGGGCAGCAUUGGCUACAAGGCUGGAUUACCGAACGUUCUUGAAGAGCGUCUAAACAUUUUGCUCGAUGCUGGCUUUCAUCCGAAGGGCAUCAGAUUUAUGGAGGAUCUAGCAAAGAAGGUUUUCACGAAACGAAUCGACGAACUGAAGAAAAGAUUGAACAUCACCGUGGGGCGAUCCACUUAUGCUUACAUGGUGCCCGACUUUUGGGGAGUCCUCGAGGAAGGGGAAGUCUAUAUCGACUUCUCAUCAUUCGUCGAUAAUGUCUCUGGACUAUCAGGAGCUUCACCCAGUGGAAGCCAAAUACUAGUGGCAAGAUCACCUGCUCACUUUGUUAGUGAUAUCCAAAAGGUUAAAGCCGUCAUCAGAGAGGAGCUGGUUGGUCUGAAAGAUGUCAUUAUUUUCUCUGUGAAGGGGUAUCCUGCCCUAGCAGACAAGUUGAGUGGUGGCGACUAUGAUGGUGAUGUGGCAUGGGUGUGCUGGGAGCCUGCUAUCGUAGACAAUUUCGAAACCGCGGAAGUACCCAAGGCCAUUGAUUUAGUUGCCAGAGGCCUCAUUCGACAAGAUAAAACGACCUACAAAGACCUCGUGCGUGGCCUAAGCCACGAGGACGGUAUAUCGUUGUUCCUCAAGCGCAGCUUCGAAUUCAACAUGAGGCAAGGCUUACUCGGUACAUGCACCACUUUCAAAGAAAGAGUAUGCUAUGCGCAGAGGAGUGUUGAUACUAAGGAAUCAAGGAUUCUCAGCCAGCUCCUGAGCAACCUUGUCGAUCAGCCCAAACAAGGGUUCAUAUUUGGCGAAGACGAAUGGGCGGCCUUCAAGGCAGCAGAAGUUCCAAUGACACCAGCACAACCUCUUUACAAGACAGAUGAUCCAAAGCCUGGCGCGGAUCAUAUAAUCGACUAUUUGAAAUGGGUGGCCGAUGAGACCGGCAAGAGAGCCAUCGGCUACUUUUAUAAGGGUAAAGAUAGCGACGACACCAGGAAGGAGAAGAAUGAGAUCAGCCAGCCUCCUUUUUGGGAUCUUGAUCUGGCGCAAUAUUAUCUCAAGGUUGCAGAUGAGUUCUCCGGUGAUCCUCAAGGCGAAAAGCUCUUGAGCGACCUGAAAGCGGACAUUCAAGGCCUCAAAGACAUCUGGACCAAGAAAUUUCAGAAGGCCGGCAAUACCAAACGCAACCCCAACAGCCGAGAGGAUGAAGAAUCGGUGCCCGAUUUUGCAGUAUUUUCCCAGGACCUUUACGAGAAAUUCCGCGAUAUUCGACCUCGUCAACAGACAAGCGUGUCAAGAAUGCUCAUGACCACUCCAGGAGAUAACUCGCAGUUGUCUAACUGGGAACUGCUCAAGGCGUCCACUGCAGUUGCAUCUUUUGCUAACUACAAACGCCCUUACAAUCCCUCGAGACUCUAUGUCAGCAGCUUCGUCUGGUGGAUGGCGGGCAGGCAGCUUGCCAAGCUGAAAGCCAUGUGUGAUAGCGAGGCCACACAUACUGUCGUUCAGUCCAUGUACAUUAUCCAGAAGCCGGACGCAUCGAUCAUCAAGCGGUUGAAAAUCGCCGGUCACACCUCGAAUCUGGAGGACACGGCUAGCAUCGCCAAUGAGGCUGACUUAGAAGCAAUGGACGACGACUGA